AUGCACCGGCGUGCGGCUUUGGAGGCCUCGAAGCGUCGGGAUGGCCGUAGGCCACGGCAGUCCGAGGCUGAAGAGGAUGACGAGGAAGAAGAUGACCGUCGCCGUCGCCGCGAGGAACGCAAACGGCUGAAGAAGGAAAAGGCUCGGCAAAAAGAGUUAGAGUCGGCUUCAAUUCCACUGUAUCUACCGGAGUUCAUCAGCGUUAGCAAUCUUGCGGAUGUCAUCGGAGUGCGGCCCGCACAAUUUGUUCAACAAAUGGAAGAUAUGGGCUUUGAGGGUGUCACAUACAGCCACGUUCUUGACGCGGAGACCGCCGGCCUUGUCGCAGCCGAAUACAAUUUCGAGCCCAUCUUCGAAACUGCAGAGGAUGAGGACCUGGCAGCUGCACCCGAGCCUGAAGACAAGUCCAUCUUACCUUCCAGACCACCGGUGGUGACUAUUAUGGGACACGUUGAUCAUGGCAAAACUACUAUUUUGGAUUGGCUUCGAAACUCGUCGGUGGCCGCGUCAGAACACGGAGGCAUUACACAGCACAUCGGUGCUUUUUCUGUCGCUAUGCCCUCUGGAAAGACCAUUACAUUCUUGGACACUCCUGGCCACGCUGCAUUCCUGGAUAUGCGUCGCCGUGGUGCAGAUGUCACUGACAUUGUAGUCCUCGUAAUCGCAGCAGAUGAUAGCGUCAAACCCCAGACAAUCGAGGCAAUCAAGCACGCCACUGAAGCCAGAGUUCCUAUCAUUGUCGCUAUCAGUAAGAUUGACAAGGAGAAUAUCAAUCUCGAGAAAGUCAAACAGGAUCUUUCUAUCCACGGUGUACACGUCGAAGACUACGGCGGCGACGUCCAAGCGAUUGGCGUAAGUGGUAAAACUGGCCAGGGCAUGUUAGAGCUCGAAGAAGCUAUCGUCACGCUUUCGGAGGUUCUCGACCAUCGAGCGGAGGUGGACGGCAAAGCUGAGGGGUGGGUGAUUGAGGGGACAACCAAAAGCUAUGGCCGUGUGGCGACGGUGCUCAUCAGACGUGGUACACUACGGCCGGGAGAUAUCAUAGUCGCGGGCACAACCUGGGCUCGUGUACGCACUCUCAGGAAUGAGGCGGGCGUCGCAAUCUCCGAAGCUACCCCCGGCAUGCCAGUCGAGGUUGACGGCUGGAGGGAACAACCGUCUGCUGGGACUGAACUUCUUGAGGCUGUUGACGAGCAGCAGGCCAAGGACGUCGUGGAUUAUCGACUGGAGAAAACCGAGACUCAGAAACUAGGCCAGGAUACCGUGGCGAUCAACGAGGCACGGCGUGAAGUACUCGAGAGGCGCCGACAGGAAGAAUCCGAGGGCAUUGAGACUGCCGGCUCUGUCCAGGAGACAUCUGGCCCUAAACCAGUACAUUUUGUCAUCAAAGCAGACGUCGGCGGAUCUGCAGAGGCUGUCUUAAACUCGGUCACUGCGAUUGGCAACAACGAAGUCUUUGCUAAUGUGCUCCGUUCCGAGGUCGGUCCAAUCAGUGAGUUUGAUAUUGAGCAUGCAGCUUCAGCAAAUGGUCAUAUCGUCUCGUUCAAUAUGCCUAUCGACCCUGCCAUGUCUCGUAUGGCAGAAGUUCGAGGGGUCAAAAUUAUGGAUCAUAACGUUAUCUACAAACUCAUUGACGAUGUCAAAGCAAUCUUAAGCGAACAGUUACCUCCGUCGGUAAGUCACCGUGUCACUGGAGAAGCGGAGAUCGGACAGGUAUUCGAGAUCACACUCAAGGGGAGAGAGAAGACAGCCAUUGCUGGAUGUAAAGUACGCAAUGGCAUAAUUAGCAAGGCCAGGAAAGUACGAGUAAUCAGGGGCCAGGAAACAAUCUUUGAUGGCUCCAUAAAUUCCCUCAAGAACGUCAAGAAGGACGUGACCGAAAUGCGUAAGGACACAGAAUGUGGUAUCGGCUUCGAAGGCUGGACUAGCUUUGCCGUCGGUGACCAUGUUCAGUGCUAUGAGGAGAUCUACGAGAAGAGAUACCUAUGA